CUAUUUAUUAAAAUUUUACAUUCAAUCGAGUGUGCGUUCAAUACCGCGUGAAUUAGGGAAAGGUCUUUCCUAGAUACGUAUCGCGAGUACAAAGUGAAUGCAAUUAUGCAAAAUUAUAAAGACUACCUGUCUGUUACGACAUUUCAUAAUUCAUUCAUCAACGAAAAAGUGGUGGUACAAAUCAACAGGGUCCAAUUUAAAGAAUAAGCUUGAGUGCAGGUGAAUGUGAACCGCGAGAGAGUGCUCUGGACCUCUUCAACGAUGCAAGAGUUGCGGCCAUAAGCAUGGUCUCGAAUUUGUGGAUGUGAAUGGCGCGGGCCAUAAACAUGGCAUCGAAUUUGGUUUAUGGGGAAAACUCUGCAGUGAACGCCUCCUUCGAAAGAAACUCCAGAGCCAUAGGGGUUCUCUGGGCCUUCUUCACCGUCUGCUAUGGCAUCAUUGGGACCACCGCAUUCUUAACACCAGAAUGGGUGGCUCUUGAUGAUGAUACUACUUCUGGAAGGAUUGGUCUGUGGUCUGUGUGCGCAGCGGUUGAGGAAAAUAGGGAAGUUUGUAUCGGAAAAUUGCAGAACUUUAUGAGUUUACCUGGGAAGGCCUUUCAAGCUGCCACUGUUUUCGUUGGACUGGCUGUUUUCUCCGCCGUGCUAACUUUUUGUGCCAUGCUCUUUUUUCUCUGUUGUCACUCCAGCACCGUGUUCUUCACCUGUGGAUGGAUGCAGCUGUUCUCUGCCAUAUCGAUGACCACCGCAUGCCUGAUAUACCCUCUAGGAUGGAGUGGAAUUAAUGUACAAAGGAUAUGUUUGAACUCCGACAUUUUCAAUCUUGGAAAAUGUGAACUUCGCUGGGGAUAUCUGCUAGCAGUAAUUUCCAGUUUGGAUGCAUUUAUUCUUUGCAUUUUAGCCUUCAUCCUUGCUACACGUCAUUUGAAUGUUUCUCCCGAUUCAAGCAGCUACUACGAUGGAGGAAUCAAUACAGCAUACUUUGGAGAUUCCAUUAGCGUAGCAGGUUCAAGAAAAUCCCUCAAUUUGCUUCCAAUGUUCUCUGUACACCCAGAAGGACAAGAUUUCUGCCCGCAGUUAUCGCAUCAGUUACCAUCAUCCAUACAUUCUUCCCAUGGUCAUUUACCAUAUAGCGCUCAGCAUUUUGACAUUUGAUAAAUAAUUUAUGAUAUUUAAUUAUUAAUUCUGCUUGGUAUACCUAUUGUGAAUACUGUUUCCCUUUUUUAUUAAAAAAAGCAUAUUGAGUA